UGACGUUUUUCCUUUCUUUUUUUUUUCCUAAUAUUUUUUGUUGUAUCUAUUUAAAACUAUACCUUUAUCAAUCUGUGGUUAAACUGGAUACUGACAUAUAUCCCGACGAGAACAGCAAUUAAAUUCUUCUCCAACAAAUGAUCUACAUUAGCAGUGUGGCAGUCCAUGAAGAAUGAGGAGGAAACUUUACUUUUUGAGAUGUCACUAUUUUCUGCAGUGUUUUCCAGUUCAGCGGAAACUUUGUGUUCUUGGCAUUUUCUUCCUGAAUAUUGAACUGGGUAUUUGCACUUGUGCACAAGGUGAAUUUGAGAUAAAUGGAGAAUGCUGCCCCAUGUAUUCACCUGGACAACAUGUUAAAAUUCACUGCAGUAAACUCACCAAAACAACGUGUCUGCCGUGUCCUGACUCAACAUACUCUGCUAAACCUAAUGACCGUUCUGUUUGCUCUAAGUGUACCGUGUGCAAAACUGUAAAUGGACUAAGAGUAAAGGCAAAUUGCACACGGACUUCAGAUACAGUCUGUGAGCCAGUGGAGGGAUUUUACUGUACUGAUGAAUACAAAGGCAGCUGCAGAUAUGCAGUGGAACACACAAAAUGCACCCCUGGACAAUACAUAAAGCAGAAAGGUACAGAGGCUUCAGAUACCAUUUGUGAGCCAGGGUUUUAUUCUCCUGAAGGUGUGAACUGCUCUAAAUGGACAGACUGUUCGGUUGAAUGAAGAAGGUACUUCCAUUAGAGAUGUUCAGUGCAAACCAGGAAGGAACAGAUAUGGUCUCAUAGCAGCUUUUCUCACAGCAGCAGUUGUUUUACUGUCAUUUGCAGUUUUAUGUUUAUGUCAAAGAAAA